CACAAAGCUGUCAUCCUCUCCACCACUUGUACAGCCUGUCAUCACUCUUCUUCUGGUCCUAACAACACGACAAUGUCCUACGUGGCUUCCUAUUUUUUUUUAUAACACAAACUCACUCUAUUUAUAACACAAACCUCCCCUUCACUUCUCCACAUUAUUAUCUCCACUCAAUAAUCCCUUCCUUCACCGGAAAACGUGUCACAAGUUACCAAGAAUCAUAUUAUAACACUUACAUAUGGGUAUCUGCAGUUCAAUCGAGUCGACACAAGUCGCGUCAGCGAAACUGAUUUUACAAGACGGGAAGAUGAUGGAGUUUGCGAACCCCGUGAAAGUUGGAUACGUUUUACAGAAGUAUCCCAUGUGUUUUAUCUGUAACUCAGACGAUAUGGACUUCGACGACGCCGUUUCCGCUAUUAGCGCCGAGGAGGAGCUUCAGCUAGGUCAGAUAUACUUCGCUCUUCCUCUUCGUUGGCUUCGUGAGCCACUCAAAGCGGAUGAGAUGGCUGCAUUGGCCGUUAAAGCUAGCUCUGCGCUCAUGAGAAGCGGUGGUGGUGGAGGAAGUUGUCGCCGGAAGUGUGUUGAUCCUAUUGUUGUGUCUGAUAAAUAUCGUCUUAGAGUUGGCUCCAGUGAUGAUACGGUUGGCUCCGGUGGGGUGAGGAGGAAAGGGAGAAACGUUGACGGUGGUGGCGGUGGUGGUAGCAGUAGUAGUGGGCGGAGGAGGAAAUGUUACGCGGCUGAGUUGUGUACGAUAGAAGAGUGAGGGGUAGUUUUGGAAUUUGUGGAUAGUUGUAAUUAUGUUUAGUCAUUUAAUUAAGAAGCAAUUUGCAAAUUAGCAUGUUCGGAAAGUUCGAUUUUGGGAUUUUAGUAGUUAGACCAUCAUGAUAUAAAAAAAAAAUCAAUAUAAAGGAUAUCUUUUUACAAUUAAAAUAGAAAAGAGUAUAAAUC